CUGCCUGCCCGCCCGCCGCCGCCUCCCCUCCGUAAGCAGGAGCCCGGGCCGGGGCCCGGCACGCCGCCCCAGCCCCUCCCUCGCCGUCAGGCCGCGAGGGCAGCGCGCGCGAGCCAGGGGGAGGGAGAGCGAGCGAGCGAGCGAGCGAGCGAGCGCCGGGAGGAGGCGGCCGGACCGAGCGAGCGCCCGCGCGUGUGGCGUGAGGGGAAGCCGCUGCCCGCCCCCUUCGCCUUCCCUUCUCUCCCCCUCCCCGCUCCCCCCCCGACCGCGGAGCAGCACCAUGUCGGCGCCGGCGGCCAAAGUCAGUAAAAAGGAGCUCAACUCCAACCACGACGGGGCCGACGAGACCUCAGAAAAAGAACAGCAAGAAGCAAUUGAACAUAUUGAUGAAGUACAAAAUGAAAUAGACAGACUUAAUGAACAAGCCAGUGAGGAGAUUUUGAAAGUAGAACAGAAAUAUAACAAACUCCGCCAACCAUUUUUUCAGAAGAGGUCGGAAUUGAUCGCCAAAAUCCCCAAUUUUUGGGUAACAACAUUUGUCAACCAUCCACAAGUGUCUGCACUGCUUGGGGAGGAGGAUGAAGAGGCGCUGCAUUAUUUGACAAGAGUUGAAGUGACAGAAUUUGAAGAUAUUAAAUCAGGUUACAGAAUAGAUUUUUAUUUUGAUGAAAACCCUUACUUCGAAAAUAAAGUUCUCUCCAAAGAAUUUCAUCUGAAUGAGAGUGGUGAUCCAUCUUCAAAGUCCACUGAAAUCAAAUGGAAAUCUGGAAAGGAUUUGACGAAACGUUCAAGUCAAACACAGAAUAAAGCCAGCAGGAAGAGACAGCAUGAGGAACCAGAGAGCUUCUUCACCUGGUUUACUGACCAUUCUGAUGCAGGUGCAGAUGAGUUAGGAGAAGUCAUCAAAGAUGAUAUUUGGCCAAAUCCAUUACAGUACUACUUGGUUCCCGAUAUGGAUGACGAAGAAGGGGAAGGAGAAGAGGAUGAUGAUGAUGAUGAAGAAGAAGAAGGAUUGGAAGAUAUUGAUGAAGAAGGAGAUGAGGAUGAAGGUGAAGAAGAUGAAGAUGAUGAUGAGGGGGAGGAAGGAGAGGAGGAUGAAGGAGAAGAUGACUAAUGGAACACUGAUGGAUUCCAACCUUCCUUUUUUAAUUUUCUUCAGUCCCUGGGAGCAAGUUGCCGUCUUUUUUUUUUUCCUUUUUCUUUUUCUUUUCUCCUCUCGUGCUCAUUCGCCCUGUUUUUUGAAGUCUCCUUUUUCUCUCCCUUUAUACCAUGGUUCUCAGCUUAUUUUGGGGGGAAAUACCUUGAGCAGAAUACAGUGGGAAAAGAAUCUCUACCCCUUUUUGUUCCAAAUUCAUUUUUGUCCCUUCCUGUCUUGACAAAAACAAAAACUUUAUGGAAUCAACACCACCGUGCUCUGUGGGAAAAAAGAAAAACCUUCUGCUCCCUUAGCUCUGCUGGAAGCUGGAGGGUGCUAGGCCCCUGUGUAGUAGUGCAUAGAAUUCUAGCUUUUUUCCUCCUUUCUCUGUAUAUUGGGCUCAGAGAUUACACUGUGUCUCUAUGUGAAUAUGGACAGUUAGCAUUUACCAACAUGUACCUGUCUACUUUCUCUUGUUUAAAAAAAAGAAAAAAAAACUUAAAAAAAUGGGGUUAUAGAAGGUCAGCAAAGGGUGGGUUUGAGAUGUUUGGGUGGGUUAAGUGGGCAUUUUGACAACAUGGCUUCUCCUUUGGCAUGUUUAAUUGUGAUGUUUAACGGACAUCCUUGCAGUUUAAGAUGACACUUUUAAAAUAAAACUCUCUCCUAAUGAUGACUUGAGCCCUGCCACUCGAUGGGAGAAUCAGCAGAACUUGUAGGAUCUUAUUUGGAAUUGACAUUCUCUAUUGUAAUUUUGUUCCUGUUUAUUUUUAAAAUUUUCUUUUUGUUUCACUGGAAAGGAAAGAUGAUGCUCAGUUUUAAACGUUAAAAGUGUACAAGUUGCUUUGUUACAAUAAAACUAAAUGUGUACACAAA